AGAGCAAGGCAGAGAAAAUUUCUUUCUUGGACAUGGAUGAUUUUGUUCGCAAAAAAUUAACUGAAUGGGGUUUCAGCGACUUGAUACAGAAAUUUAAAGAUGAAGAAGUUGACCAGGAGGCUCUGGGCUGUCUUGAUGAUCAUGAAAUUGAAAAGUUGAUCAGUACAGCAGGAAAAAGGAUAAAAUUCAAGAAGAAACUUAAGUUGUUUCAGAGUCAACAGGAGUGUCAGGAACCAGCUCAUUCUGCUCAGGCUUUACCUUCAACAAGUAACAGAAGUGAGCCAGUAAAGAGAAAGUUGGAGCUUCGGAUGGAGGAAAACAAAAAUCAAACUCCAAAUAAACGACAGUGUAACACUGUAACAGGAGCAUAUGAAGAACACAGAAAAUUGGGUGAGGUGAAACGCAUCAUGAGCACUCUUCAUGACAGAUUACAUCACUAUGACAGAACAGAGCUGAAUGAUUUCCUGAGGAACCAAAUUUGUGAUUUGGAGACAGACAAAAGGGAGAUGGUCGGGGUCUUUGGUAAAACCGGGGCUGGAAAGAGCUCUUUGAUUAAUGCCAUCAUUGGAGAGAAGCAUCUUUUGCCAUCUGGAAGUGUCAUUGCAUGUACUACAGUCAUGAUUCAAGUAGAGGCUAAUAUGGAGAACCAAAAAUAUGAGGCACACAUUGAGUUCAUCACAAAAGAGGAGUGGAAGGAUGAGUUGUGGUCUUUCAAAAACCUCUCCGGUGACAAUGGAGAUGAGGACAGUGACAAUGGAGAUGAGGAAAAUAAAUCUACCAGAGAUGAUGAUGAAUAUUACGACAAUGUUGAAAAGCUGACAGCACUUUAUGGAGAUCAAUGGAAAAGCAAAUCACCAGAAAACUUGAUGGAGGCUAAGUAUUUCAAAGACGUCCCUGAAUUUCUCCAAUCCAAGAAGAAAAUUUUGUCAUGUAACUUGCCCGAAGAGCUAUCUGCAAAAUAUCUGAAAUACACAAGAAGUGGGUCAACAAAAGAAAACAGUGGAGAAGUAGAGAGGUGUUAUUGGCCUCUGGUGAAGUGUGUGACUGUCAAGGUGCCAAAAAAUGAUCUUCUCCAGCAUGUUACAUUGGUAGAUCUUCCUGGAAAUGGAGACCGUAACAAGAGCAGAGAUCAAAUGUGGAGAAGGAUUGUUGGAAAUUGCUCUACUGUGUGGAUAGUGGCUGAAAUAAACCGAGCAGCAACAGAGACAGAAAGCUGGGAGAUCCUGAAAAGUGCCUGUAGCCUCAUGGGAAAUGGUGGCGAAUGUCAGAACAUUCACUUUAUCUGCACUAAGACUGAUGAUAUAGAUGAAGACUCAGAUGCAGAUGUUGGCCGUCGCAUAUUUAAAAGGAACAUGGAAGCUAAGGACAAAGUGAGGCAGGAGUUCAACAAACUAAAAGACGUUAAAAAACAAUUCAGGGAUGACUGCUUCACAGUAUUCACUGUGAGCGCCAAAGAAUUUCUACAGAAAAGACUUCUCAAACCAGAGGAAACUGAAAUACCCGAACUUCAGAUGUUUCUGCGAAGUCUCAAUGACCAGCACUCAGAAACACUGAACUAUGUGUUUGGAGCCUAUGGGAUUCUCUCUCUGAUGAAGGCGGCACACUGUGGAGAUGCUGCCAGAAAAACAUCAGUGUGUGCAGAGCUUAUGGAAAAUAUAACAUGUGAGAAAGAAAAAGUCAGAAAACCCAUGGAGGACGCUUAUGAAGGUUUUAAAAAACACCUCCACACAAGUGUUGAAAAAUCAAAAGAGUCUUGUGAAAAGGCGCUAGAAAAGAUGUUAUAUCGUUCUGGAAAAGCAAAGUGUGGUUUUCACAACAAAUUGAAACAUGCUAUGAAGAACAAUGGCAUCUUCAAACCAGUGAAAAAGACGAAAAAAGGAAUCAACAUGAACAUGACAUUGUCUUCACUUCUGUCUGAAAGCAUUGAUGAGGAGUUCAAAAACGCCUUCCCGAAUGAUGGAAAUUCGGGUCCAUUCUACGGAGCUAUCAGUGACUUUACACUUUACACAGAGAAACUGAGUCAAAACUACAAGGAUGUUGAACUGCAGCUGAUAUUUCUCAAGACAGAGGAAAAAAAAAUGAAGGCAAAACUCUGCAGAAUCACCCGGCAUCGCAAGAAAACAAUCUACAAUAGUCUGCCUGAGACAAUUGAGGAAACAAUGCGAGAAUGCUAUACAAGAGCAGCAGAGGUCAGAGGCAAAGAAAGUCUUAAUAAAAUGAGGGAAAUUAUUCAGAACCAUGUACGUGCGUCAAAGGCCACUAUGUUUGACUUGGCCAAGGAUGAUAUGUUGACCCAACUGAGAGAACUGAUGGGGGACAUCUUGAAAACAUUGACGGACACUAUGCAGAGAUCCAUAGAGCUGUCACUGAAGACGAAUGACAACUCAAUCCCAGAUGUUUCAGCUGAACAUUCUAAAGUGGAGAGUUACUACAAAGAGCUGAAAGGCCCAGAUGAAGAGACUUCCUUACUCUGGCCUGACAUGUUGGAUGACUCAUUGGAUUCACCUGGUUCAGCUGCAGCAGCAGAGACGUCAGACUUCAGAUUUCAUUGAAACUCAUCAUGUCCUCACCAUGUCUGACUGUUUUAGGGAAAACAAACAAGACAAUCUGAUUAGCUGCAGGUUUCGCUGCCAUACCUAGGCUGUGGAGUUACUAUCAAUCACUCUUAUUAACAUAUGUUGUAUUAUGGCAUUAUUUUAAUGUUUACUUUUUUGUUAGAAUGGGUUUGUAUGAGAGUUUCAAUAGCAUGCAGAAACUUCCUGUUUUGUAGAAUUGUGCUUAGUGAGAUGUUUUUAUUUGUAUAAACACAGCCUGGGCAAAAAAACAACAACAACAAAAAAACCUGGAUUUAACUAAACAAGUAGUUCAGAACCAUCCAAAUACAUACAUUUUUUGAAACUAUAUAAUGGGAAAUACUAUAGGUUUAGGGUUAGUGUUAGGGUUAGGGACUUUUAUGUAUUCAUGUAAUUAUAACAAAGGGAUGUUUCCUUCCUGCAGACUUUCCUGUAGUUUGCAUACAUUUUAACUCACAUAAACUCUGCAGUUUGAUGUAGACAUUAAAAAUAACAUAUAAAAACUUAUCUGUGGUUUGUUCUUUUCCAAUAAGCAGAUCCUGAAAGAUAGACCCAUCAUUCACUUACGAGUCUAAAUACUUCCUUUUUCACAGAAUUUGCUUUUACAAAUUUGACAGUUUUUAUCAUUUGAAUAUGUUUUCAUGACUUUGUCCUGCUCAGUGUCUGUUGGUGGCUCUUGAAUUUCCCUGAACUGUUUGAACAUUGAACACAUGAAAUCGCUUAGAGUCAAAACAUCCUGAUGGUUUUUACCCCUCUGUCAUCAUUCAUAGGGGCAGAGUUGUACCCUGUCUGUCAACAUGAUAGCUCACCAAAUCAUCCGAUCUCCUUCAUGUUUGAAUUUUACUUAUGACUUGUGAAGCUCUUUGAUAACUUCUUUGGG